GUAGCUUUUCCGGGCAUUAGUGGUUCCAACGUUCGUCUCUGUGCCGUUCAGUUUCGAAUACUUAUGUAAUUUCUCUCACUGCAUCUUGAAGGCGGGACGUGCGCGGAAAGUGAUUGGAAAAAUAAGCGCCCUUUGGUCGUUGUGGCGAUGUAUAAGCCAGCAAUAUGUUGUCGGCCAUGAGGAUUUGAUCGUAAAAAGUGCGCAAGAAACCUCUGGAGCUGUCGUAAGAUUUCAACGUAACGACGCAAAACUUACAAUAAUUUCGUUCGAGAAUACGAAUUUGUUCUUAGCUUUUGUCGUACGGACCUUUUCUUGUCGUAAGAUUGUUUCAUAAAUCCGGCGUAUACGGUUGGUUGUAUGCGGUCGCUACCUGCGCGUGUCGCUGCCUUCAGAAUCGUUCCCCCGGGCCUGACGCUCAACCUCCCUCUUUUACCGCGACCCUGGCCGUCUCUUAGAUGCUCUUUUCGCUUGUCUUGACACCCUCGAAAUGUCUUUUUCCGUUUUUGCAGGCGUAGCUGGCGGCGGCCGAAAGAAAAAGAUGGCGGAGGGCGGCGACCUUGCGUGCGCGAGGCCUCUCUUCGUGACCGGAUUCUCGGCCUCCUUGGACUGGAGGCCCAUGCUGUUUCAGGAGGCGGUGAUCGCCCAGAGCGCGUGCAGCCUGUGCGGACUGGUGUCCCGGAAAGCGGUCAAGCUGCCCUGCGCCCACACGCUGUGCAGCGAAUGCCAGGCGGACUGCGUGCAACGAGGCAACUGCUGCCCGCUCGACCAGGGCUCCUUCUGCGAGGACGAUCUCAUUCAGCACGAGCUCUCGGAAGCCUACCUCGGCAAGCGAAGGGUGGCCUGCUGGAACGCGUCCCACGGCUGCGGCUUCGUGGGGCCUGUCUCCGGUCUCGUGGACCACUAUCAGGGCUGCGCCUUCCACGCGGUGUCCUGUCCCAGGUGCGAGUCUCACGUUCUGCGGAGCGGCAUCGUGGAUCACUGCCGAGACGACUGCUGCAGCGUGGCCUUCGUCUCCGAGGCGCCCGCGACGACCGGGGCCCUUUAUAGCCGCGACGCCGCAGUCGAGCGGGCGUGCGACGAGGUGAAGGAAGUCCUGGCCAGGAUCUCGGACGACAUCGCGUCGCUGCAGACCAGCGUCAACCGAUGCUGCGAAGACGUCCGAGCCGUGGACGCCGGCUGCAGGCAGCAGCUGGAGGCCCAAUCCUCGAGCCUUCGUAAUCUGGACGCGGUCUGCGCCGCGGGUUUCGCCGAGCAGCGGAUGCCCUUCGAGGAGGUCGCGACCCGCGUGGCCAUUGCGGUGAGCGCGGCGAGCGACAAGAACGAGCAAGUGAUCGUCAGGGAGCUGAACGCGUGGAGCCACAAGCUGAGCGCGGCCACGGCCAGGGUGUCCCAAGACGUGCUGCGCUUCUGCGGACCCAAGACCUACCACUGGUACCCAGACGACUGGGCGGCGAAGAAGGCCAAGGCGCUCGCGGGCAGCAUGGAGUUCUACGAGAGUCCAGCGUGGAACGCGCACGACUACGUCGUCUCCAUGUACGUCAAGAUCCUCAGGAAAGAGAACCAGCAGCUGUGCGUUGGCUGCUACAUGUGCCUUCAUCCCGGAAGCAAAGAUUCGGACUUGGAGUGGCCCUUCAGCAAGGUCUAUAAGCUCGGCAUCGUUCACCCGCGGGACAGGUCCAAGCUGCUCUCGUGCGAGAUCGACGCGAGUAAGCACAAGGAGGACAUGUUCCUGCGGAAGCCCAAGGAGAGAAAGCACUGGGGUGUGGGGACUCCGUUGUUGUGCACUACCGAGAAGAUCGACGCGGGUGGGUUCGCCGACGGCGACAUGCUGCAUUUUUUUCUCAAAGUGUACCCGUAGCUUUCGCAAGCCUUCGCAGGUUCUCUUUGAAGGAGGUCAUUCCACCCGGUGAAAGCUCUCUUCAGCAAUCAAACUAUCGGCGCUUUCCUCUCGUACAUGUUGAGCUGCUAGAAUCACAACUAUGCGCGCACGCUAUUCGGUUUUCCUGAACUGACCCAGGAAUAUUCUUUGCCGUAUAGACCUUUGCCAUGCUUGCUGGCGAUGCAUUUACAGAAGAACUAAGCCGGGUUAUAGCAAAAAUGUUUUCACGCAAUCUGUACGGCGCUGUUAUAUAACAGCACUAUAAGUUAUUGAGUUAUAUACUCUGUAUAUCUUGUGGUCUAUAUAGAAUCAGUAAAAUGGAGCGGCUUGAGAUUGUCGAAAAUAAAAUAACGGCUUUUUGCUGC